UUCAUCAGGUGACACAUACACCAGAUCCAGAUGAAUCAUCAUGUUGCUCUGUAACAGCUGGAUGUGAAAGUAGGCAGCUGGUUGCUAAUAAGUUCACUAUAACAACUUCAUAAGUGUUUUUUAGCUUGAUUUGCUGCCCCCAGGUGGCCAAAAAUGUAACUACUACCUGACAAAAACUAGGACCUGCACCUUCACUUACUUCAAACUUAACUUCUAUCAGACUUGAUUUACUAAAAGCAGGGACCCCUAAGUCCCUGAAGGUCUUUCUUUCUGAAGUUUUGGUCCAGUAUGAUCCUGGAACAGUGAUAAGAUAAAGAAGACAGUGUCAAGAAAGUCUUGCACCACUACCCAGCUUGAAGAUACUGAUGCUGUUUUUGCGUCUUAUGCAUUGAAAGAACUUGAACAAAUAAUGUUGAAAGAAGACUUUUUAAAGCUUUGAAAAGGACAAUGUUCAGAUGCUGUGUCAUUUCAAAGCUCUGCGUUCAUUCAGAGACCUGAAAGAUUUGUGUCUUGACCUACAGUUGCUUAUUAGGACUUUUGGCUCAACUCAGAUUUGUCUCUUCUGAUUUGAGAAUUGGAAAAACACCUCGUGAAUCUUGUCAUGGAUUAGGCAGGAUUCUGUUAAUUAAACCGUUCUGUCUUGCUUGUGUCUUCCCAGGGUUUUUUUUUUGUACUUCUGUUCUUGUUGAAGCGAUCCUGACGUCGAGCGAUGUCCAGCCUGUGUCUGCUGGCCCUCAGAUGAUCCGCGACCACGCCUAAUUGAUGCACUUUAUCCUCUUUCCGGAGCCUUCCUCCCGCCGUGAACCCCGCAGCUGAUGACCAAAGUGCCCGCCACGCUUCCCCGCCGUCGCCACGUGCCGCGUGUCCCCCAGCCCCUCCCUCAGCCUCACGCCCCUGCAGGACGUCCAGGGAUGUUUCAGAGGUUUGCCAGCGCUCUGUUCGGGGACGACGUGGAGGAGCUGAGCCGAUGCGGCCGACCUGGAGAUGGCAAAGAGGAGAAGGAGGACGACGAAGACUGGAUCUUGGUCAACUACCUGGCUGAAGCCUGCUCCAGUCAGUGUGGUGAGGGCCUCUCUGGAUCCACUGUUGGUGAUGAAGGGGAGGAGGAGGAGGAGGAGGAGGAGGAGGAGGAAGACCUGGUGAUGAUCCCCUCUCCGGUGGCCAGCCCCCCCAUCCGCUACGCCUCCUGCACCUCCCUCAACUCCACGGCUGACACGGACCCGGACGGCGGCGCCGAGGAGGACGAGGAGGACGAGGAGGAGAGCGGGUUCCUGCGUCUGGACGCCUGCUCUCUGGAGGAGAGCUGGUUUGUCACCCCCCCGCCCUGCUUCACCGGCCGCGGCAGCCAGCCCGUCCUCCUGGAGACCAGCCCUCUGGAGAACCUGCUGAUCGAGCACCCCAGCAUGUCCGUCUACGCCCACCACAGCCCCCCGCGACUGACCCUCGACCCCCUGCAACGCACACUCGAGCGGGAGCUGGACUUUUUGUCCGGCAACAUGCCCGCCACCCCGACGGCCUCCGGUGGGAAGGAGAAGGCGAGACGCACACUGGACGGCCCCCGUCACAGGCCAGAGGUGGCAGUCGUCCAGCGUCGCUCCAGCCUCCACUCCGCCUGCUACGCUGCGGCGCUCUCCGCCCGCGCCGGCCUCCUGCAGCAGCGGCCGGGCAACGCCACCCAGCGCACCCAGGCGCUGUCCCGCAACGCCCUGCGACGCCUCAACCUGCUGCGCCCCCCGAAGGCCAGCGCCGUGCACCUGCACCAGCCCAGCCAGAGACACCUCAACUACUGAGGCAUUGGCAGCCUUCAUCAUCAUCAUCAUCAUCAUCAUCAUCAUCAUCAUCAUCAUCAUCAUCAUCAUCCUCGAUCCUUUAAGCAGUAUGGGAAUCUUACUCUGGCCACCCACAAAAACACACCUCUGUUUUUUUUGUUUGUUUUUCCUUAUCAAGAAAUCAACACCAGCAACAAGUCGUCAGCCAUCACUUACACACACGACCUGUUCUGAAAGCUGAUUGGACGGUGAAAUAGGGAAAAUGGCUGGUGAUUUCUCUCAUUUCAUCAGCUCACGUGGCCAGCCGAUUAAGCGUCUCCUCCUCCUCCUCCUCCUCCUCCUCCUCCUCAUACAUCCAUCCUCCUUCAUAUUGAUGCUGAGAAGAAGGGAUGAGAAAAGAAAAGGUCGUCGUGCCCCCAGACCUCUCCUCCUCCUGUUGUCCGCGUUUCUAUUCUCUCUCUGCUGGACCGGUUUGUGUCCAAUCACAGGGAGAGAACGAGUUGUCACGGUGACGUCCUCCUGUUUUCUUUCUUUUUUUCUUCUUAUGCUUCAUCUUUAUGGACAGUUUUUGAUGUGUAGAAUCAAUGCUGUAGGUCACUUUACUCAGUGGCAGGUUCUCAGCACGGCAGGACGGUCAGGUGAAGUCAUUGCAGGGUCUCGCGGAGUGACGCUUUAGAUCCUAAAUCGCUCGGAAACGUUCAGUCCAGCAGCGCAACGUUGCCGUUUAAACAGCGCAGGAGUGUUGCUAUACGGCUUUGAGAAAAGUUGCCCAGGUGUUGCCCAGAAAGUUGCCUGUAUCGGCAAGUUGAAGGCG